AUGGCGGACAUUGAGGCAAUGUUCCAUCAAGUUCUAGUACCACGAAAACACCGAGACGCCCUUCGAUUUCUGUGGUGGCCAGGCGGAGAACUGUCUGAACCUCCUGAGACAUACAGAAUGAAAGUACAUCUGUUUGGAGGAGUCUGGAGCCCGUCAUGUGCAGCAUACGCCCUACAGCGAACAUUCCAAGAUCACGGCCGAGACCUCCAUGAGGCCAUCACGAAGGCAAAUCGAAACUUUUACGUGGACGACCUCUUACUCUCAGUGAACUCCACGAGCAAGGCGACAAUUGUUGUACACCACUUGAGAGACCUAUUGCAUAAAGGGGGCUUCAGACUCACGAAGUGGGCCUGCAACUACAGCAAAGUACUACAAACCAUCCCACUGACAGAGAGGGCAGCGGCAGUGAAGGAAAUUCCACUGACGGACAAACUUCCCACCGAAAGAGCUUUGGGUAUCCUGUGGGACUUAGAGAAGGAUCAACUUGCAGUACAGGUUCAUAUCCCGACCAGACCAGAGACAAAACGUGGCCUCCUCAGUAUGAUUAGCUCCCUUUAUGAUCCACUCGGCAUCCUUGCUCCAUGCGUCAUCAGAGCCAAAAUGAUCUUUCAAGAAGAAUGCAGGCGUGGAACAGGAUGGGACGACCCCCUAGCCGACGAGUCAAAGGAAGCAUGGAGGAGGUGGUUGAGAGGUUUACCUCACCUUAAGGACAUAAGGAUUCCACGUUGUUACCAACAUGACAUCGAGAGCACCACUACAGAUAUCCAACUGCAUCACUUCAGCGACGCGUCUCAGCGAGCAUAUGGUGCUGUAUCUUAUCUGAGACUCACAGACAUGAUGGGGUUACACCGUGUUGCCCUUGUGUAUGGCAAGGCCAAACUGGCCCCCCUGAAACAACUAACCAUACCUAGACUAAAACUGUGUGCGGCGGUAUUAGCUACAAAGGCGGACGAGCGAUUACGAAAGGAACUAGACCUGUCCGUGUCACAGUCAUUGUUCUGGACAGACAGCACCACUGUCUUGAGAUACAUACGAAACACUGAAAGGCGCUUCCAUACAUUCGUGGCGAAUCGCAUAGCUGUCAUACAUGAAGAGUCUGAUCCAGAUCAGUGGAGAUAUGUGAGCUCGGAACUCAACCCCGUAGAUGACACUAGUCGCGGUUUGCGUGGCGACGAGCUUGGAGGGUGUAGUAGGUGGACCCAAGGACCACCCUUUCUAUUGCUCAACAAAAAUCAGUGGCCAGUGGAAGGCGUGACAAGGGAAGGAGUUCCAAGCGAUGACCCAGAGGUGAAAAAGGAAACUGGAACCUUGAUGACAUCCACUACCCAGAAGGAAGAAACCCUAGACAAACUGUGGAACAGAUACUCCUCAUGGUAUCGACUACUGAAAGGGACUACAUGGCUGAGGAGGUUCAUAACGUGGCGGGGCAACAAGGAAAGAGGCUCCUGA